GUGAACAGUGGAGCUUUGAAAACACCCCUUAGUCAUCAAUGACUGGGUGACUCUCGAAAUGCGCGCCUUCUUUUCUGGAGGUUAUGAUGACGCAAGCAGCGACUCCAGCGAGGAGCCGCCACAAGUGCAGCAUCAACUGCCCUUGAGGACGCCGGUUGCGAUUGACCUCAACAAUGAUGGGAAGGUGGAUGUGGUGUUGACGCCGGACGAGCUACGAUCCCUUGUGCUGGAGCGGCACAUGGCAAUGCAAGCUCCAGUGGUUCCAGCACAACCAGCUGUCCCUCCCGUUUUAGUGCAGCCACCCACGAUGGUGUACCAGGCACCUCGUGUCCCGCCUGCAAAGACACCGCGAGGAAGAUGGGUUUGGGUGCCUCGGAGCAAACUUUUGGAGCAAGCCGCCUUGCGGAAGAUGAGCCAACCGCCGCUACAACCGCCUCAAGCAGAGGCGGGAAUCCAAGUUCCCACACCACCUCCAGUAAGCUCAUCUUCCUUGCAGCGAACCACACAGUCGCAGCUAAUGCAGGCGCAGCUUCCAAGCACUCAGUCAGCAGUGCCACCGAAGAGCUCCUCCCAGAACCUCACUGCCCAGGCCAUACCUCCAGAGUAUCAUUACCAGGAGACCUUCCAAAGUGUGAAGGUCUCACCUGGCUUCACUCCACGAGGUGAAGUGCCCUACCACAACCCGUACAAAGAGUUGGGUUGUGCCUUCUCAUCCGCUAUGACCUGACGGUAGUCAGCUGUCUGAUUCCCUUGCAUGUAGUGCUGAGGUGUAACAGUUGCCAGACAGAUUUUGAAACUCUA